CUGCGGUUUACUCAGCUGACCGAUGUGGGGGUGAUUUGACUCACACAUUCCCGUAAAACAGGAACACGACGUUGAUCAAGGCGGUCCAGGGCAUUCUUCCCAAACGAAAACGAAUACCACACCAGCUACAUGAAAAACGGCUAUCGUCUUUAAACAGACGUCGAGUAAUGUUGGCCAACCAUAUCUCGUAGUCUACACAUCUGAAAACAACGGUUUAAUGUGAUCAGAAAAAAAGAGUAAGGAAGGAGGAAGCGACGGUGUUUACCCUUCACAUUAUUAUAACUAUUACACUAUUUAAGCCUCAAUGAAAGUUGCCAGCUGUUAUUCUUGCACUCCUUUGAGGUGAGGUAAACAUAAGAAAUAAAUAAAGGAGUGUGAGCUCUUGUCAAGGGCUUCCUGACUUGGCAUUGUUGUGAAAUGGAGGAGACAUCUGCCUCAAUUCCCGGACUGGAGAUAAAAUUAGGCGCCCUGUUUGUGCUGCUCUCAGCAACACUCCUCUUCGGCUUGGCCCCUUUGUGCAUCAUACGGGGCACAGGACGCUGGAGCACAAACCCAGAAAUCCGACACAAAGUGUUGAGCUAUGUAAGCUGCUUUGCUGGUGGAGUGUUUUUGGCCACCUGUUUAUUGGACCUCAUCCCUGACUAUCUGGCAGAGAUAAACCGGGCAUUCCAAAAUGUUGGCAUUACGCUGCAUUUCCCUCUCCCUGAGUUCAUCAUGGCCAUGGGGUUCUUUAUGGUCUUGGUAAUGGAGCAGAUUGUCUUAGCCCUCAGAGAUGAGUCUGGGAACAUCUCAGAAGAGAGACAAGCGCUGUUGGUUGGGUCUGGCAUUCAAGCACAUGACAAAGACCACCCGAGACACACACACCAAGUGGCUUCAUCCAGCCACGCACGGACAGAACUCAGCAGGCGAGGCUCCGGCACAGAUGGUGUCCAUCUCCAUGUUGAUUUUAACUCGCACUCUGCCAUCCGCGCCUUCAUCCUGGUAUUCUCCCUCUCCCUUCACUCUGUGUUUGAAGGCCUGGCAGUAGGACUACAACAAGACUCGCAGCAGGUCCUGGAAAUCUGCCUGGCCUUGCUAAUCCACAAGAGUAUCAUCGCCUUCAGCCUUUCCCUAAAGCUGGCUCAGAGUCGGCUAAAACGGGCUGCAGUUGUAGGGAGUCUCCUGCUCUUCUCCAUCAUGUCCCCACUGGGCAUGGCAUUGGGCAUCGGCCUGACGGAGAUGAAGUCUACGCCACAGCACCAACUGGCUCGGUCCACCCUGGAAGGCCUGGCUUCUGGAACCUUCAUCUACAUCACCUUCAUGGAGAUCCUGCCACAUGAGCUCGGCUCUCCCAAGGAUCGCAUCCCAAAGGUGGCACUGUUGCUCACUGGUUUUGCUGUCGUGACUGGAGUGCUGUUUAUCAAACUGUAAAGGGCAGAAUAGCAUUUGACAACUCUUGUGAACUGUUUUUUUUUGUAUGGAGAAGAAAUGAUCUAUAAUGAUUUAUAAUUGAGAUAAUGCAAUCCUUUAGUGGAGCCUGCACACCUUGGUCUACUGCAGAUUAGGCUGAGAUGUAAUUAGAUGUGUUUUUGUCUUUUCAGCUUGUCAGACAUAUCGGCUCUAAUGUUUGUGAAAAGCGACAGAGGAGAAAUACUAUUUUGUAAUGCAUAUUAAUUGUUAAAAUGGUGGUUUUCAGUUAGCUGGAUGUGGACUGUCCUUGCCCAAGUGUUUUCUUUAAUAACAGCUAUUGUUAACUAUUAUAUGACACACUUAACAUGUAAUGCUCUGCCCUUUAACAUGCUCUUUAAUUUAACCAUAAAACAUAUAAUGUUU